UGCGGGAAUUCAUUCACAAACAUCUUCGCUGGAAGGGAGGGCGCGCGCUGAGCGGUGUUUCGAAGGACGCGAGGCAGUCACCUUGCGGUCUGAAAGCGGCACGCGCCGCAGGAAAUAACCCAAACAAAAAACACAAGCUCACCAACUGCAGUUCUCCCUGAGUGGAGUUGUGUCAGAUAGACAGACUGCUAUGAUAGUCACUCCUCAGCACAGUGUGUGGAUAUAGAGAGCUGCCAGGUAACCUGCCCUGUCGCGAGACAUACUGGUUGAGAGGAGGGGGUUAGACUAGGGGUUUGGCGCGCGAUGCGUGAGCAGACAUCGCACCGGCAGAGUUUGUGCGUGACAUGAAGACGAGAAGAGCUCGAGCUGUGGCCUUGGUCGCGAGCACUCUGUGCGUGUUCUGCCUUUAUCCCGUGGAAAUGAACGAGGUCGCAGAUUGACACGGUAAUGACCAGCCCCUUUACCUGUCUGUUACCUGUUACCAUGGAGACCACCGCUUCACCAUAGAGGAGGAUAUUCCUCAACCAAUCAGAGGGGAGUCCAGUUUCGACCAGAAGGAGUCUAAAGUAUUUCCCAACAUACACGGCUUCUCUCUGGCACUCCUUAUUGGUAACGUGACAAUGGCCCGUCCUUGACUUCCACAGCAGGAGGAGGAAGUCCACAUUUGUAUUAUUAUUUUUGGCUUGCCACCACUCUUCACAAUGGAGAGGAACUUUACUCUCACGAAGGAUAGUAGUUCUUGACCAAACUGGACAUCAUCAAGACAUUUUCUAUUGUUAACAAAUUAACCAAUAAGAUGAUCUGGAUCAUCCUGGCCCUGCCUGUAUGGGCGUGGCGUGGGACUGUUGGCGAUGCCCAGUCUAACGAGCGGCGAGUCGUGGCACACAUCCCCGGUGACAUCAUCAUAGGAGCCCUGUUCUCUGUCCAUCACCAGCCGACAGCGGACAAGGUACACGAACGUAAAUGCGGCUCAGUGCGCGAGCAGUACGGUAUCCAGCGUGUUGAGGCCAUGCUGCACACUCUAGACCGUAUCAACGCUGACCCCCGUAUCCUCCCCAACAUCAGCCUGGGCUGUGAGAUAAGAGACUCCUGCUGGCACUCUGCUGUGGCCCUGGAGCAGAGCAUUGAGUUCAUACGAGACUCCCUGGUGUCCUCCGACGAGGCCGAGGUGGGGGGAGGCAGUGUGUGGGGGGGCGGCGGGGGAGGAGCCGACGGGAGGGGAGGGCCGAGGUGUGCGGACCCCGCUGCAACCCCCAUGCGGGGGAAGAAGCCCAUCGUCGGGCUGAUAGGACCAGGCUCCAGCUCAGUAGCCAUCCAGGUCCAGAACCUCCUACAGCUCUUCAACAUACCCCAGAUCGCCUACUCUGCUACCAGCAUGGACCUCAGUGACAAGAGUUUGUAUAAGUACUUUAUGAGGGUGGUGCCAUCGGAUGCUCAGCAAGCCAGAGCCAUGGUGGACAUUGUCAAGAGAUACAACUGGAGCUACGUCUCUGCCAUCCACACAGAGGGUAACUACGGGGAGAGUGGGAUGGAGGCGUUCAAGGAUAUGGCUGCCAAGGAGGGCAUCUGCAUCGCCCACUCUGGUAAGAUCUGGAGCAACGCAGGGGAGAAGAGUUUUGAUAGGCUGCUGGAGCGUCUCAGAGCCCACCUGCCCAAGGCCAGGGUGGUAGCCUGCUUCUGUGAGGGCAUGACAGUCAGGAACAUCCUCAUGGCCAUGAGACGACAGGGACUGGUGGGGGAGUUCCUACUGGUCGGCAGUGAUGGCUGGGCGGACCGGUACGAUGUGACAGAUGGGUACGUGCGCGAGGCGGCGGGCGGAAUCACCAUCAAGCUGCAGUCAGCUGAUGUGAAGUGGUUUGAUGAGUACUACCUGAAGCUGCGGCCGGACAACAACCUGAGAAACCCCUGGUUCCCUGAGUUCUGGCAACAUCGCUUCCACUGUAGGUUGAAGGGACACCCACAGGAGAGCCUCAAGUUCAACCGUACUUGCAACAAGCGGGAGUCAUUGCGACAGCAGUAUGCCCAGGACACUAAGAUGGGCUUUGUGAUCAAUGCCAUCUACUCCAUGGCCUAUGGGCUCCAUAACAUGCAGCGCUCACUGUGCCCAGGCUAUCAGGGGCUGUGUGAUGCCAUGCGACCAAUAGAUGGCGCUACACUGCUGGACUUCCUGAUGAAGACCAACUUCACAGGCGUGUCUGGAGAGGGCAUCCUGUUUGACGAGAACGGAGACUCACCUGGCCGAUAUGAGAUCAUGAACUUUAAGAAGAUGGGCAAGGACUACUAUGACUAUAUUAACGUAGGGAGCUGGGACAACAGUGGGCUGAAGAUCGAUGACGAUGAAAUCUGGGCCAGCAAGGACACCAUCAUCAAAUCAGUCUGCAGCGAACCCUGUGACAAGGGACAGAUAAAGGUGAUCCGUAAAGGAGAGGUGAGCUGCUGCUGGACCUGCACUCCCUGUAAGGAGAAUGAGUUUGUGUUUGAUGAGUACACCUGCCGAGCCUGUGACCUGGGCUCCUGGCCCACCUUCCACCUCACAGGCUGUGACCCUAUCCCAGUGGAGUACCUGCGCUGGGGGGACCCAGAGCCCAUCGCUGCUGUGGUCUUUGCAUGUCUGGGACUUUGUGCCACAUUCUUCGUCACCUCCAUCUUCAUCAGGUUCCGGGACACUCCAGUGGUGAAGUCGUCUAGUCGAGAGCUGUGUUACAUCAUCCUGGCUGGGAUCUGUCUGGGUUAUCUGUGUACCUUCAGUCUCAUCGCCAAGCCCCAUGCUGCACACUGCUACCUACAGAGACUGGGCAUAGGCCUGUCACCUGCCAUGAGCUACUCUGCCCUGGUCACCAAGACUAACCGUAUAGCCCGUAUCCUGGCUGGCAGUAAGAAGAAGAUCUGUACAAAGAAGCCCAGGUUCAUGUCUGCAUGUGCCCAGCUCAUCAUCGCCUCUCUACUCAUCCUGCUACAGCUGGGCAUCAUAGUGGCUCUCUUCCUCAUGGAACCCCCACAGGUGAUCCACGACUACCCCAGCAUCCGGCAGGUCAACCUCAUCUGUUACACCACCAACCUGGGCGUGGUGGCGCCACUGGGUUACAAUGGCCUGCUGAUCCUGAGCUGCACCUUCUACGCCUUCAAGACGCGUAACGUCCCAGCCAACUUCAACGAGGCCAAGUACAUCGCCUUCACCAUGUACACCACCUGUAUCAUCUGGCUGGCCUUCGUGCCCAUCUACUUUGGUUCCAACUACAAGAUCAUCACCAUGUGCUUCAGCGUCAGCCUCAGUGCCACUGUGGCGCUCUGCUGCAUGUUCGCACCCAAGGUGUAUAUCAUCCUGGCCAAGCCGGAGCGUAACGUGCGCAGUGCCUUCACUACGAGCACGGUAGUACGCAUGCAUGUGGGCGAUGGGAAGUCCUCCUCGGCCGCCAGCCGCUCCUCCAGCCUGGCCAACCUCUGGAGACGACGUGGCUCCGCCGGAGAGACACUCAGCUCCAAUGGAAAGUCAGUAUCUUGGGCCCAGACGGAGCGGGGUUCCCGUGGAAACCACCUGUGGCAGCGCCUGUCGUUCCACAUCAAGAGGAAGGAGAAUAACCAGACAGCUGUCAUCAAGCCCUUCUCCAAGACCCCAGAGGGGCGCUACAGUGGGGGUGCUGACCUGCUCCCCCAUAUGCCCUUGCCCUCCCUAUCCCACUCCCACUCUGAUGCAGACAAGACUCUGUAUGAACUCACAGAGGCAGAGGAGAGAUACCCUGAGGAGAGAUACCCAAUCACCUACCGGCCUCAGACCCCUUCACCAAUCAGCACUGUCAGCCAGCGCAUGCAUGGGGCGGGACUAAGGGAUGAGCCACUUGUCAUGGGCGUACCAAGCUACCUGACCGGGGGUUCUGUCGGCGGGGGCGAUGUGUGUGACAGUUCUCUGAUGGAUCAGAUCAGCUGCGUGGUUAACCGUUUCACUGCCAACAUCAGCGAGCUCAACAGCAUGAUGCUCUCCCCGUCUCCCACACACUCACACACACACUCUCACACACACGCCCACACACACACCCUGACGCCCUCCCACCAUGCAGACCCCUUCAUCCUCCCCCGGGAGAUCCCCCUCCCCCCCACCAUGACCACAUACGCUGACGUCCAGCCCAUCCCCCCUGUAGAGUCCAACGUAGGUGGAUGCGCCUGCCUCGCUCACCCCCUGCCUCACUCUCCUCACCGUCUCCCUCACCCUCAGCCUCACCCCCUGCCUCACCCUCAUCCCCUGCCUCACUCCCCUCACCGUUUCCCUCAGCCUCAGCCUCACCCUCACCCCCUGCCUCACCCUCAGGCCUCCCCAUCUCCAGUGCGACACCUCACUGCGGGGGCGGGGUCCCCUUUAAGGAGGGCAGAGCUGGAAGAGGAGCUAAUGAAUCUGACCCCGCCCUCGCCCUUCCGUGAUUCGCUGGGGUCGGGCAGUGGCUCCCCAGUCUCAGAGUCCACCCUGUGUCUGCCCCCGCCCUCGUCCCCUCCGCCCAAAUACGAAAUGCUGACCCUGAGAAACUACAGCCAGAGCUCUUCCUCACUGUGAGAGAAGGAUGAGAGGAGAUGAGGAGAAGAGGAGGAGAGUGAAAGGACAGAGACGGAGAGGGGGGCAGAGAAAGAACAGUCUCUUGGGGGAGAAAAUGGAGAUGGCUGCCUUGUGAUAGCGGGAGAACGAGAGAAGAUUGGCCAGAUCCUCCGAGAGGUGAAAGCCCUGUUAGAUGGAGCGACAGGAACAGGACACAUAAUCGUGUGAUGUCAUUGGACGGUGACCUGCAGUGUUUGUGUUUACAUGUGUUCAGUUAGCAGCGAGGUGAAGUAUAAUAAAGUAUAAUGAAGUAUAAUUUAGGCAUCCAAAGCGAGAACAAGGACUACAAAAAAAUACUUUAGCGUUCUGGUGUUCAAAAGUUUGGCCGUAAGUCUCUCCUUAGAGGUGUGUUUGGUCUUUCUUUUGGUAGUGGCCUUAAACUAAAACGGCUGUCAACUAAUUAGAGAUGUUUAUUGUGGUAGGGGGCACCUGCAUAGACACAAGUGGACCUACUGAGUGUCUAAGAACCUCUAACCUCACAGGACUGACCAGCUGCUGCCAUGGACACAUGGAAUAACUAUAAGGGCUGGGCAGAGCAGCUAUGUCCACUGGCGCCCCAGCACACACACACACACACACACA